GUCUCUGUUGGUUUAUUGUUAUCUGUGAUAAUUUGUGUAGUCUAUGACUGUCAUCAUAAAUUCAUAACCUCAUUGUGUUGUUGUUGAGAUUUAAGGUUAUUUUAUUUGUUUUUAAUUGUAAAAUCUUUAAAUACACAGAAAUAGUACAAGUUAUUCUUAAAAAUGGGGAAACAGCGUAAAACCAGAAAAAUUGUUGAAAGAAAGUUUGCUAAAAUGAAGAAACUGAUAAGCCUUAGUGAUAGCAGAAUCAAACCUACAGAGAGAAUUGAACCCAAGAAGAAAAAGAUAGAUCCUCAUGAGUUAAAAAUCCGUGAAGCGCCACAGACAAGUUCAGCUUUAUUCUUUCAAUAUAACACGCAACUUGGUCCACCUUACCACGUUCUAAUUGAUACCAACUUCAUAAACUUUUCUAUUAAAAAUAAAUUAGACAUAGUUCAGAGUAUGAUGGACUGUUUGUAUGCCAAAUGCAUACCAUACAUAACAGAUUGUGUGUUAGCAGAAUUAGAGAAACUUGGUCGCAAAUACCGUGUAGCAUUAAGAAUUAUUAAAGACCCACGGUUCGAAAGGAUCACUUGUUUACAUAAAGGUACAUAUGCUGAUGACUGUAUUGUUCAAAGAGUAACUCAACAUAAGUGUUAUAUUGUUGCUACAAAUGAUAAAGAUUUGAAACGAAGAAUAAGAAAAAUACCAGGUGUACCAAUUAUGUAUGUUGCUGAACACAAGUACACCAUUGAGAGGAUGCCAGAUGCAUAUGGAGCUCCCAAGGGAGCAAUUUAGUAUUAAGAUAAAAUAAAAAUAAUUUAAGAA